AUGGGUGCGACCAGCAGCGACAAGACAGCCGUGCUGGAUCUGGCGAGAUGGCCCACGGCGGAGCAGUUUGUAACGCGAUGCUGCAUGAAACCCAGGACACCCGGGCAAGAGCUCGAGGCGCGGCUGAACCGCGACUUUGGCCCGGGAAACGAAUUUUACCAAGACUUUUGCCGGUACAUCCGGCAAGGCCUGCGCGAGGGCUGGGUGGCCGAGACGGAGAUUACGGGGCCCGAGUACCGCCGGGGCAAGAUUGCGCUGCCAUCGGAGAGGACGCGGUACUUUAGCAUCACGACGGUGUACAUGGAGAGCCCGGAGGACGGGGUGCUGCGCGGGGAGUACCACCAGCAUCCGUACGGAGAGAUCAACUGCGUGGUGCCGGUCGACACGGACGACGACGGGAAGCAGAAGAAGAAGGGAAGGCCGGAGCUGAGAGGCUUGCAGGGCUGGCAGGGCGCAGGAUGGACGAGUCCCGGGCCGGGGUCGCAUCAUUAUCCUGAGGUCAGGGGCGGUGCGCUGGUGUCGGUGGUAAUAUUGCCGGCUGGGCGGAUUUGCUACGAGGCGGAGCCGGGGAGGCCGCAGCCGACGUCGGUGUAG